GUACAUCCCGAUAAAAAAUAAAAUGAAAACAUAUGAUCAAGCAUUCAAGUGACUCAAGUGUUGCCGAUUGUUAUUAGCAGUCACAUAUAUGUCAUAUUACAUAUUUACUGCAUAGCUGAUAGCUAAAAACUAGAAUAAACAAAAGCUGUGAUAAAAUGGAGGACAACAACCAUUGGCAGAUUGGCAAGUCUGUUCUGGAACGUAAUGAACAUAUGCUGACCAAUCAGGUGAUGUGUGAUGUAACCUUCAUAGUAGGACAAGAUCGGUCUCCUAUCAAAGCACAUAGAUACAUGUUAGCCAGCAGUAGUCCUGUAUUCUUUAACAUGUUUAAUGGAGCAGUGGCUGAGAAAGGUGAUGUGAGAAUUCCAGAUAUAAAGGCUGAUGUCUUUAGUGAACUACUACAGUUUAUUUACACAGAAGAAAAUGACAUCACCAACGAAAAUAUUCAUGAUAUGAUAUAUGUAGCCGACAAAUACAUGAUGGAUGAACUGAAGGUCAAAUGUGAUCUUUUUCUCAAAAUGAAAAUGAAUGAAACUACAGCAGUUUCAAUUUUACAUACAGCACACAGUUUUGAAUUAGAAGAAACUCUUGAUAAAGCUAUGUUCAUUAUAAGCUGCAAACCAGAAGAAUGCCUUUCGUCACCAGAAUUUAUUCAUUUAUCCAGACAGUGUGUGGAGAUGAUUUUGAAUUGCAAUAUAAUGAUUUGUCAAGAGGAGGUUCUGUAUGAAGCUGCUAUGAGGUGGGGAAGACAUCAGUUGGAACAAAACAAUCAAGAGAUGAAUGAUAAGAAUAUUAGAGAUGAGCUUGGAGAUCUGAUUUUACGCAUCAGGUUCCCACUCAUGAAGCAAGAUUACUUCUCCAGACAAAUUUCCACUAGAGAUAUUUUAACAAAAGAUGAGAUAGUCCAAAUUUUUCAAUCAUUUAAUGAUCAGCAAUUAACCAAUUGCAUCUUUAGAAUAGAGAAGAGACAUCCCGAACCAAUAUCUUUUUUCAGGUGUGAGGUGAAUAAUAAUCGUGCAGCCAGAUGGAUAACUAAAUGUGAGGAUGAUUUAGCCUUCAAAGUGGACAGAGAUUGCUUUUUAAAAAGUGUAAUUCUAUUUACACCAAGGGUGAUGGGUAAAACUGUACCAGAAAUUGACUUGAACAUUGUCAUAAAAUCCAAUGACGGAACUAAGCAGAUAUCCAUAACAAAAUGUAUGGAGAUUCUAGAUUUAAGAACACCAAACAAAUCAGUAACUGUUACUAAUGUGUUUUCUAUCCCAAUACCAGUCAAAAAGGAAAUAAGAUACACGAUUCGUCUUAUGUGUGCCUCGCCAGAAAACUAUUAUUUCUUUAUCACAGGUAAAAACUAUCGACCAACAGUGACUGAAGAUGGUAUAACAGUAACAUUUCUUAAAGCAAACACAGAUACCGAGACAGAUAUCAGUCGAGGUCAAUACCAGGGAAUUGAACUUGGAAAAUUAGAAUAUACUUAAUUAGAAACUUACAAGUAAUUGAUAGAAGCCAGCUAGGGAACAUCGGAAUUGAACUUAGAAAGCUAGAAUAUACAUAUUAAUUAGAAA